GAAGCGAUUUUUCGACCAACCCCUUGAAAUGCCAGUCGGUGAAAGAAAGGCGGGAAAUUUUGUAAACAAUUUCAAGUCACAUUUUCAGUUCAGUUUACGUGAGCGUGUAAAAAUUAAAAACUUAUCAGUUAAGUUUAUUAAACUUUGAUUUGCAAAAUGUCCGAUGGAAUAGCAGACCUGGAUGUUGAUGAGCUUGAGCAGUUAUUGUUGGAAAAUUAUGACGAAAACACCGAGGCAAAUGAAAGUGAACAAACGGACCAACUUAACAACAGCAGCACGGUAGAUGUCCCAAAACCAAAGUUAACUGUCGAAGGGUCCAAUUUUCUGGUGACUGAUACGGAAAGCAACAUAAAUGGAGCACAAUCUUCCACUGCGCCAGCAGAAGGAACUGUGACCGCUGAUGCAGACAUUGAUUCAUCGGACGAGGAAGAAACGAGAAACUUUCUCGAACGAAAGUAUAAUCAGUACGGGAGGCAAAUUAACGAUCUACUAAAAACGAAAGAAGCAGAAAAAACAGAUCAAACUUUAUCAAAAUGGGUGGACCAAAAAUUGCGGCAAAUCAACCGAAGCUCUCCACAGACUCCGUCAGCAGGUGCUGUGGUCAAACCAGACGCAUUAAAAUCGACUCCUAGGAAUGGUGAUAAACAGGACUCAAAACACAUCACCAAUCUAUCCAAACAAUCUCCGACCAGCAAUGGGACAAUUCCGACUGUUUUUCAAGCGACAGUUCACACCGAUCCUAUAUUCGGACUGCGCAUCGUUCAUCCUCUCGUGUCUAGCCAAACGUUGCAGGAACGGAUGCUGGAUAAAAAAGCGGUCCCAUUCAUGCGUCUUCGUAACUUUGUCGAAACAGUCGAUCUGCAGCAGGAUUGGGUGAUCGGCGGUGUACUGAUUAGCAAGAGCCCUACGAAAACAACGCAAAAGGGCAAACAGUUCGCCAUCUGGAAGUUGAGCGAUCUGCACGGUGACAUCAAGAUGGUUAGUUUGUUCCUUUUCGGCCAAGCCUAUAAGGAUUUGUGGAAAACAGCCGAAGGCACGGCGUUGGCUGUAUUGAAUCCAAACGUUCUCAAUAAUAAUAACGGAAAAAACAUCGAAGCCACUUUGUCCAUUGAUCGCGCUACGAAGGUGAUGGUGUUGGGACAGUCACGUGACCUUGGUACUUGCCGUAGUCGUAAGAAGAAUGGUGAGCGCUGCACGUCGAUAGUAAACUUGGGCAAGUGCGAAUACUGUGUGUACCACAUCAAGCAGGAGUACAAUAAGGCAGGCAAUCGGGGCGGUAUCUUAACGUCGACGGGUGGCCGUGGGUUGAACGAGCUACGGAACAAAGUGCUCGGAAAGAAUGAGGUGUUUUACGGAGGCCAAAGCUUUAGUGCAGUGAAAGCGGUGAAACACCCGAAACAGAUCGAGAAAGAUCGUAACCGUAUGAUGACGUUGUCGGAUUACUUUCGAUCGCCGUUUGAAGGUAGCAAUGGGGGAGGAGGCACUGGUGGUGCAACUGGAUCAUCAUCGUCCACGCCAGCAGCUUCGUCAUCAUCCGUACCGUCUUAUCGUGCCGCUGCCACAGCAGCUAAGCCGCAAAAAUCAUCCGCAGCCAGAAUCGAACUUAACGUUGGUCAACGUGUGAAAGAUAUUAAGCGCCUGCAAAGUCUCGGUGUAUCGAUGGAAUCGUUACAGGCAAUAAAAGCAUCAUCACCGGUAACCAAAUCCCAACCGACUACCACUCAGUCAGCAGGAACAUCACCAUCCAGCUCACUAGCGAAUCGCAAGUUUAGUCUUGAAAUGGUACCGCAAUUAAGCAGAGAUUCGUUUGAUAUUGAUUUUACGAAGCAAAAAGUGUCGCUCAAGAAGGCACUCCAAUCGCGUGCCCGUGCAACGGAAAUUAUCAAACAAAAACCGAUCGAAAAAGCAGACCCAAAUUUCAUCAAGUACCGAGGAACGGAACAGGGUAAAAAGCGAGUGCUGGAAGAGCUAUCGAAAAAUGCACCCGCUGAGGAGAAUGUGGCAAAGCGGCAAAAGCUACAGGAAGAAACGGAAGAGAAGGAACGUGCCAAAAAAGAGCAUAUAAAACGCAUCAUAGACGCAUCUUCCUCUCAUCAGGAUUUGGUAGUGGCAAGCGAAAAUGCCCAACAGGAGCAAUACUUCAAAUCGCUCGAACGCAAGGAAUCGAUGGAAGAGAAGAUGCUGAACACGUUCAAGGUGCCCUGUAAGGCGGUCAGCUGUACCCAGUGUAAGUAUAUUGCCUUUUCCGCUGCGGAUCGUUGCAAAACCGAAGGACAUCAGCUGCGGGUGCAUGAUGCGGAAAAGCGAUUCUUCCGCUGUGCCGAUUGUGGCAACCGAACCGUUAGCUUGUUCCGCAUACCGAAGGUUAGUUGCAAGGCGUGCCAAAGUUCACGCUGGGAACGGUGUGCCAUGAUGCGGGAAAAGCGCGGUGUACAGAUAGGCGAUGUGCUUUCGAUUCGGGGCGAUGAGGAGAAAUAUUUGGGCAGUUUGGCUGGGGCAUGUGCUAGUUUGAAUUUGCUCGUACCGGAGGAAAGUUGAUUUCGAUUCGAUUUUGCGUGCACUAAAAGAGAAAGAAGAGAUUUAAUCAAUGUAUCACAGCUGACUGAUACAUGGAAAGCUUCGUUUUGGAAGAUGUAGUUAUUCUCAACCUGCAACCAUUUCGGGAACGUUUGGGAAUUCUUCUUAGAUCUUUGAUUAAUGUACGAAUUAUGCUUUAUUAGCUCUUUCUACGAGAGCAUUGAAUAUAGUUGUAUACAAAAAAUGUGUGUGAGUUUUGCUGCAGCUAUUAUCAUUGUUUGUUUGUUUCCAAUAUCAUCACUAGGCGGCCGCGCAACAUGUUGUGAAGAUGAGGUAUAUACCGUUUACUGAUAUCUGCGGUUUCGAUGAGCAACAAUGUAGAUGAUGUCCUUCUGACUAAGUUUAAACUGCAAAUCAAUGAAUAAAUAUGCGAU